UGUCUGUCUGCCUGUCUCUCUGCCUGUCUCUGUCUGUAUCUCUCCUGCCUUCACUCCUGAAGAAACUAUGAGGGGAUCUGUUUCGUCCAUGUUUCAGAACAGGUCUUCCUUCGCUCGAAUAGGCAUACGGCGAGGAUCAAAGACAACCACCACAUCACAACGUCAAGUGGAUGUCGGUCAGGUGAUGUGGUCUCCGUCUCAACAGCGGAUCAGGGACAGCCGCAUGGAUGCGUUCGCUAGGCUGGCGGGCGAGCGGAGCGGACGAGACCUUAGAAGCUGGCCUGACCUCCACCGAUGGUCCGUUUCCGAGGUGGGGGAGUUUUGGCAGACGGUGUCAGAUUUCUGCGGCAUUAAAUGGCUCCACCGCGGGACCGGAUCUGCGUACACUCCUCCUCGUCCUUCUCCAACGCUUGGUCCGGAGCCGGACAUGGGCGGAAAGGAGAUCGGGCAAAGGGGGGUGCGAGAUCGGGGUCAGGGGCGGGGUGAUGCGAUGACGGGUGCCCUGUGGUUCGAGGGUGCCACGCUUAACUUCGCGCACAAUCUGAUGCCGCUCCCGACAGAUGAUGAGGUCAUCGUGUCCGUUUCGGAGUCAGCCGAGCUGGCGUCGAGAAGGCUCACCGGCAAAGAGCUUAACGUGUUGGUGGCGAGAUGCGCGCGGGCAUUGCGGUCGGCCGGUGUUCGCAAAGGAGACAGGGUGGCGGGUGUGCUCGUCAACUCCCAGGAGGCUCUGGUAUGCAUGCUGGGGGUGACGGCGAUUGGAGCUGUGUGGAGCUCCUGUUCCCCAGACUUCGGGGUGGGCGGGGUGUCCGACCGCCUAGGCCAGAUCUCGCCGAAGCUGGUGUUCUUCAGCCUCGGCUACUUGUACGGCGGGCGGUGGCACGACUGCCGGGGCCUGGCCAAGGACGUGCUGUCGCGACUGCCCGUUACUGAGCAAGGGCGUCCCUUGGGAGUAGGUGUGCCGUACUGGACCACCUUGGACGAUGAAGGAGGCGUCAGCGUCAACCGUACCGACGUCGGCGGUGACAGCAGAAGCUAUCCGGACCCUCUGUCCGUCUCUGAUCUCCCGGCGCCUCUCGUGCCGUUCGAAGAGUUUCUCAGCGGCAGUGCGACCGAGAUCGAGUUUGAGCCCACCGCUUUCGACCACCCGGUGUUCAUCAUGUUUUCGUCGGGUACCACUGGGCUGCCCAAGUGCAUGGUGCACGGGGUUGGGGGCACACUUCUCCAACAGAAGAAGGAACUGGAGCUGCACUGUGACAUCCAGCGCGGCGAUCGGCUCCUUUUCUUCUCUACGCUGGGUUGGAUGAUGUGGAACUGGGCGGCUGCCGUCCUAUCAAUCGAGGGGGCUUCGCUCGUGUCGUUCGAUGGGAGCCCCGGGCACCCGGACCUCGCGGCAUUGUGGAAGGUUGCCGCCGAAGAAGGCGUGACUCACCUGGGGGCUAGCCCAAAGUACUUCGGCGCGUGCAAGCAAAACGGCGUUGUUCCUGGGGUUGACUGCGCGGCAUCCGGGAGCGACGGUCUCAAGAAGCUUCGCACGAUCCUGUCGACCGGAUCUCCGUUGUUGCCGGAACACUUCCAGUGGAUUUACCAGGCCGUGAAAGGUGACGUCCACCUGGCCUCCAUUUCGGGCGGUACGGAUAUCCUGGGGUGCUUCGCCCUCGGAAACCCGACCCUUCCGGUCCGGGCCGGGCACCUGCAGUGCCUCGGACUGGGCAUGGAUGUCUGCGCGUACGGCGGCGACGGGAGUCAGGAGGCGGCCGGUGACGACGGCGGCAGCGGCGACGAGGUUGAUAGAGAUUGUGUUGACCACCCCGUGGUAGCAACAGCACCAGGAGCAGUAGCCGCGGCACUGGAAUCUCCGUCAAGGGAAGUCGCAACGGGGGAGAUGGGGGAGCUCGUGUGUAGAACACCGUUCCCUUCCAUGCCGGUGUCCUUCUGGGGCGACUCGGACGGUUCCAAGUACCGGUCCGCGUACUUCGAGGCUUUCAAGGGAGAGGACGUGUGGGCGCACGGGGACUAUAUCAAGAUAACCGAAGAGGGCGGAGUUGUUAUCUCGGGGCGAAGCGACGCUGUGCUUAAUCCCGGAGGCGUUCGCAUUGGCACGGCCGAGAUUUAUAGACAGAUGGAGAUGGUGCCGGAGGUGGAAGAUUCUCUUGCCGUCGGUCUUCGGGUUGACGGUGACGUGGAGGUGGUGCUCUUCGUCAAGCUAGUGCCCAUCGCAGGGGAAGGAGGAGGAGAAGGAGUAGGAGGAGGGAGAGGAGGAGGAGGAGGAGGAGAAGGACACCCAUCCCAGAACGUGAACGACAAACGUCUUUGCGAUUGUGCCCGUCGUUCCUUGGAAUCGGUCCAAUAUUUUUAUGUACUAUUUGUGCGAUCCGGCCACGAACUGUACGAUUCACGAUUGGUAUGA